AUGAAAUUACUUCGGAAGCAGCGUCAGCAUGAAUGUUCCAGUAAAGCCAAUCGACAGCUGGUCAAGAGGAAUCCUCCGUCAUCUUCUGGUGGAACCGAACUUCGAAUCUCUUCACCGCACAGUUUCACUCGAAAUGGAAGUAAGCUCAACUCCUCCUUCUAUACCGAUCUAUCUAUCUACUCUUUACCCUCUUAUCCAACUCCCGCCCAAUCACAACUUCUCACUCGUCAAAAUGUGUGCCCUUUUGUGGCGUCAUCAGACCAGCUCUUAACCCCGAACCCCUUCGCUUUCGAUCGGCUAAUCCCACUCGGGCCUCCGAUCCGGAUCUCCUUCAUGAUCGAGUAG